CGUCUACCUCCAGCUCCUACCUCCUAGUAAGCAGCAGAGCGCGUGUGCAUCGAUCCACGAGGACGAGAUCGAUGGGGAGGUCGCCGUGCUGCUGCCACGACGCCGGCGUGAAGAAAGGCCCGUGGACGGAGGAGGAGGAUCGGGCGCUGGUGGAGCACAUCCAGAGGCACGGCGGGCACGUCGGCAGCUGGCGCAACCUGCCCAAGGCCGCCGGGCUGAACCGCUGCGGCAAGAGCUGCCGCCUCCGCUGGACCAACUACCUCCGCCCCGACAUCAAGCGCGGCAACUUCACCGACGACGAGGAGCGCCUCAUCAUCGCCCUCCACGCCGAGCUCGGCAACAAGUGGUCGACGAUCGCGACGCACCUGGACGGCCGGACGGACAACGAGAUCAAGAACUACUGGAACACGCACAUCCGGAAGAAGCUGCUGCGCAUGGGCGUCGACCCCGUCACGCACCAGCGGCUGCCCCCUGACGACAUCCUCGCCUCCGCCGCCGGCGCCCCCGGCCUCUCCGAGGCGCUCCUCUCGGCGGCGGCUAGCCUCGGAGGCCUCAACAACGUCCUGAUGCAGGUGCAGGCGCUGCAGCUCCUGCUGCAGACCAUCAACGGAGGCGCCGCUGCAGCUGGUCUCAUGGCCAAUAAUAACUUCGGCUCGGCUGCAGACAACAACGCCAUGUUUAACGCAAGGAGCAUGGUUCCAAACUUCCAGGACCAGAUGAACCUCUUGGCUCACGCGAACUACCGGCCGGUUGACGAUUAUCUCAACAAUAUAGCAAGUUUUUCAGAGCACGACGCGGUGCAGCAACUGAACGCCGCUUCAUCAGCUCCGGCGCCGACUGCGGCGGCAUUGGCGGUGCCUGCGUCUUUUCCGCAGGAAGUGGCAGCUGCAGCUGACCGGCCGGUGCAGGGUUUCGCCGAUCUUCUAUCGGAGGCCAAUGAGAUGCCGAACAUGUGCUCUCUGGAGGAUGAUCGUUUCUGGAAAGACAUGCUAGCAGAGAGCAGCAGCUUGCCACUAUGAAACUAUACCAUGCAUGCCCAGCGUCCAGCCUGGUUUAGUUCAGGUGACGCAGGGGGCUACUCUAGCCUCUGACCCCCGAUUUUAUAAACUAUACCAUGCAUGCGUGAAACAGUCGCAGCCCGUAGGGGUAGUGGUGGUGCGCGUUGUACAAAAAUUUGCAGUUCUCUUCAUAAGUUAGUUUCGUUUUGUCAUUGGGUCUAUCGAUCUCUUAGUGAUCUAUCUGUGUUCAGUGGCAUGCUUGUAAUAGAUUUAGCUUUAUCCAAUGGACUUAGAGUUUGCGCACUCA